CAUGCGCAGUGACGAAACGUGUCAGGAACUGAGGGCUGUUUUUGUUUCAUCGAACUCGCGCAGUGACCGUCAAUGUCUCGUCGCUGUAGAAUCGUUUAACACGAAUUUAUUAGACUUGAAACCUAAUAUCGAAUUAUUAUGGGUGCUAGUUCGAGCACCGAGGCCGAGAGGGAGCCGCUUCUUGUUCCGUCGUACGCGGGGACUAAUAGCCCGGUAAACAGCAGAGUGUACGGGAGAAGAUGGCUGGUUCUGACCCUGUUCUCCCUGUUGGGACUAAUGCAGGGAAUGAUUUGGAACUUCUGGGGUCCUAUUCAGAACUCUGCCGUUCAGGCCUACGGAUUCUCUAAUUCGGACAUCGCCGUUUUGGUGCUGUGGGGCCCGGUGGGGUUCGUCCCGUGGUUAUUGUUUAUGUGGUUAAUGGAUAAAAAAGGUUUGCGAGCAUCUCUCCUUCUGUCUGCAUUCUUCAUGUUGUUAGGAGCAGCCCUGCGGAGCGUUCCACUGCCAGAUCUGCAUCUGAGACGAUGGCUGAUUCACGGAGGCCAGCUUCUUAACGGUUUAGCUGGCCCGACCACCAUGAGCGCAGGCCCCUACCUCUCCACCACGUGGUUUGCUCCUGAUCAGAGAGCCACGGCCACGGCCAUCGCCUCACUCUUCUGCUACCUGGGCGGCGCCGCCUCCUUUCUUGUGGGGCCUCUGGUUGUUCCGGCUCCCAAUGUGUCCCAGACGGUGAACGGCGUGGCGGCGGCGGUCUCUGACAGCUCCAUUUCCGAGAGGAUCCAGCUGAUUUUGUAUGCAGAACUGGCUGCAGUCGCUGUGCUUUUUGCAGCGAUCUUGCUCUACUUCCCUUCACGGCCACCGAUCCCUCCCAGUGUGGCGGCUGCAAGCCAGAGACUGAGUUACAGGAGCAGCAUCUGCAGACUUCUGAGCAACCUGCGGUUCCUGAUGAUCGCUCUGGCGUACGCAGUCCCAACGGGAGUGAUUGCUGGUUGGGCGGGAGUCCUUGAUAUGGUUCUUACCCCAGCUAAAGUUAGCCAGGUGGAUGCAGGCUGGAUUGGUUUCUGGUCUACGAUUGGUGGAUGUGUGUUUGGAGUGGCAAUGGCAAGAUUUGCAGACUCCAUCCGUGGAAUGCUGAAGCUGAUUUUGGUGCUGAUGAUGGCAGGGGCCUCGCUGUCGUCCACCUGGUUCACCCUCACCUGCCUCAGUUCGGUCACCCACCUCCCCUCCACAGCAGCCAUCCUCUACACUUCAUGCAUCCUUACUGGCAUUUUUAUAAACAGCAGUGUGCCGAUAUUCUUCGAGCUCUUCAUCGAGACAGUAUACCCGGUCCCUGAAGGCAUCACCUGUGGAGUGGUCACUUUUCUGGGAAACAUGUUCACUGGGCUGCUGCUCUUCUUCCUCACCUGUUACUGCACAGACGUGUCGUGGUUGAACUGGUGUCUAACUGGCUCCUGCAUCUUCAGCCUGACCCUCAUCCUCUUCUUCAGGGAGUCCUACGACCGUCUCUACCUGGACGUCUUCGUCUCUGUGUGACACUAAUGUGGACAAAAGAAGUCCGCUCAAGAAGAGGAAACCAUGGAAAUGAAGGGAAAAGCUGUCUGUAAUAUUUUGGGAUGUUGAUGAACCACAGAUGAUGGUUAUUUAUCGAGGCAGCAGAGAAGAACGUGGAUGGACUCCACACCUUUGUUUACUCUUUGUACGUGUUCAUCUCAAAGCCUUGUGUUGACCCGAUUGUUACCUCUUUUUAUUUUAUUUUUUUUUGCAUUGUUUGUACAUAAAGAGGUUUUUGUGACAGAUUUCCUGUUCUUAAGCAGACCCAGCAUGCCACUGUUUUCUUGAGGGCGAUGUCAAAGCUAAAGUUGCACUCGGUGAUCCUUUUGAAGCCGCCUGCCUCCACUUGCCUCGUCUCUCAAAACAGCAGGACGCCGCCUUGAAAGCUCACAGGCUGGACGCCGCACAGACUCCACAUCAAGCGUCUGUCCCCAACAGGAGGCGGGGAUAAUGGUACUCUUCCAUCAGCCAAUCAGAAUCCUGGCUGUGCUGAGUGAGGUAAAAAAAAGGGACAAAGACUUCAGUGUUAGGAGGCCUGUGAUAUUGCCUGUCAUCGCAAGGCAGUUACAUAGAUUAGGUUUUAUCGCCCUAUAAAGAUGAAUAUUAUGCAAAAUGAUCCAGCAGAUAGAUGAUUGGAUGCCAGCCAAAGACGCAGGCUGUUUCUCCACACGGCCGCACUUUUCAUAUGUUCUUCAUUUCUAUUUAUAACCCAGACGUUUGCCUUUGAGCGUUUUGUACAGUUUUAGUUUUUCUCGUCAGUCAAGCUAUUUAUUUGGAAAUGCCUCAACACUAACGGUUAUCAGACAGUUGUACCAAAAGUACCAACCGUCUUGUGGGCACUGGUCACUCCUCCAAAGCACCAACAUAUUCAGAUUUGAAAAACGUUAGACAUUUCAUGGAUUCUAUGAAGAAAUAAGCAAAUAGAAAAAGAAUCUCUGCCACCGUUUGUCCUGCAGCCGCCGCAAGAGGCAUUUUUAUGGGUUUGGUCUGAAGUGAAGAGGCUGGAUAAUGAGCUUCUGGUGCUCGUUUUGUUUUUCUCCUUGUACAGAAAAGGUAAAUGUGUUGCCUUAAUUAGAUGGAGUGUGAUCCGUCUCCCUCUCCUUCACACUGUGACAAUUUUAUCUGUAGAUAUUUUGAUAGUUCCCUGCGGCGCUCAGUCUGGUCGCACUGUGGUGUCUCGGGUUCUGGAAUUAAAUGUUCAUGUUUUGUGAAAAAAAGAAAACACAAACAUAACUUUGGCAGAUUUACAAGCACCUUAUUAAAUUGAUCAUUUUACGAAUAA